AUGCAUGCCCUGAUAUUUGCUGUGGAGGAGAUUAACUCGGAUCCUGAGCUCCUCCCUAAUAUUACAUUGGGCUUCCAGGUUUUUGACACAUGUGUGACCAUAGAAGGAGCAGCAUAUGGAACCCUUUCAAUGCUCUCAGGAGGAAAGGGAAUCACCCCAAAUUAUCACUGCCACAAAGAGUCAACUCUUGCUGGAAUUAUUGGUGACUCUGGGUCCACACGAUCCAUUCUUAUGGCCCAAAUUUUUGGGUUGUACAGAUACCCACAGGUCAGUUAUUUUGCAACCAACCCUAUUCUCAGUGAUCGGAACUUGUUUCCUUCCUUUUUUCGUACAAUCCCUAGUGAUGAAUUUCAGAUGAAAGGCCUAGCCCAGCUGGUUGCCUAUUUUGGUUGGUCUUGGGUUGGACUCUUGGCCAACGAUAAUGACUAUGGUCAAUAUGGACUACGGAUGGCAAAGCAGGAAAUAUUAAAUACUGGUGCCUGUGUGGCUUUUACUGAGAAUAUCUUGACUGGCCAACCUAAUAGAAAUGCUCCUCACCUUGUAAAUGUUAUUAAACAGUCAACUGCAAAAGUUGUGGUUGUAAUCACAACUGAACCAGAUUUUGUGAUUGUGGUGGAAGAACUGUUAAGACAAAAUGUGAUCGGAAAUAUCUGGAUAGCGAGUGAAGCUUGGGCCACAUCAGAUUUGCUUUCUAAGGAGCGAUAUCAAAGAGUUUUAUUAGGAACUAUUGGUUUUGCCAUCCAUCGUGGUAAGAUGCCAAAGUUCAGUAAGUACCUCAACAGCCUUCACUUAUACAACAGUCUUUUUGACCCGUUUGUAAAGGAAUUCUGGGAGCAUACUUUCUCUUGUAAGUGGCCAGGUCAGACAGAUUUAUCUCAGUGGAUGGUGAAUACCACAACCUGUACAGGAAAGGAACAACUGGAUAACCUACCAAUUGAAGAAUAUCACAGAGUAUCCCUCAAUGUAUAUACAGCUGUUUAUGCCAUUGCCUGGUCCUUACAUAACUUACUUUAUUGUGAAACUGGAUUUGGACCAUUCCAUCAUGGGGGCUGUGCCAAUAUCUCUUCAUUUCACCCUUGGCAUCUUCUGCACUAUGUAAAAAACGUAAACUUCACAACGAAAGACGGGAGCCAAAUUGUGUUUGAUGCAAAGGGGAAUCCACCAGUGGUCUAUGAUAUUGUGAAUUGGCAGUGGAGUGUUCCUUCUUCUAAAUGCAGCACAAGUUGUCCUUCAGGAUAUAGAAAGUUGAUUGUACCAGGGAAGCCCAUUUGCUGCCACGAGUGUGCCCGGUGCCCUCAGGGACAAAUUUCCAACCAAUCAGAUAUUGAUGAAUGUCAGCCAUGUUCCUGGGAUACUUGGCCAAAUCUACAACAUACAAAAUGUUUACCAAGAACUACAGAGUUCCUUUCUUAUGAAGAGCCUUUGGGGUACAGCUUAGCAGCCAUCACCAUCUUCUCUUCUCUAAUACCGCUUAAGAUAUUUGGUGUUUUUAUUCAUUAUAAAAAUACACCCAUUGUUCGAGCCAAUAAUUAUAUUGUUAGCUGCCUUCUCCUGCUUUCCCUGUUCCUCUGUUUCCUUUGCUCUUUAGGGUUCAUUGGUUACCCACAACCUGAACAGUGUCUUCUGCGCCAGGUGGCAUUUGGGACAGUUUUUGCUCUCUGUAUCUCCUGUAUUCUGGCCAAAACCAUCACUGUUGUCAUUGCCUUUAAUGCAACCAAACCAGGCAGCAGGUUAAGAAAGUGGACAGGGGUAAAGGUGUCCUAUUGCCUCAUUACAUUGUGUGUCUUUGUUCAGUUAUUUUUGUGUGUGUUGUGGAUGAUAUAUGCUCGUCCCUUUCCUGAACUUGACACUGACACAAAACCUGGAAUCAUCAUAGUGAACUGCAAUGAACAUUCACCUACAGCAUUCUGGUGCAUGCUGGGAUACCUUGGUCUCUUGGCUACCAUCAGUUUCAUUGUUGCAUUUUUGGCCAGAAGACUCCCUGACAGUUUCAAUGAAGCCAAAUUUAUCACAUUCAGUAUGUUGGCUUUCCUCAGUGUCUGGGUGUCCUUUAUCCCAGCCUAUCUCAGUGCACGGGGCAUGUAUACUGUGGCAAUGGAGGUCUUUGCCAUUUUAUCUUCCAGUUGGGCUGUGGUGAUCUGUAUCUUUGUUCCCAAAUGUUACAUUGUAUUGUUCAGGCCUAAAAUGAAUUCAAAAGAAUAUCUCAUGGGAAAAGGCAGAGGGGCACAAUAA